AAUUCGAGUCGAGUCUCUUGAUCAUUUUCAAUUCUAUACGUAACACAUUUCUCCGGACGUUUGUACAAUAACUUUGGAUUAUCAAUGACGAUUCAGUGAUUACUGUCUCACUUCUGGCUUGCGACAUCUUCUUCCCUUUUAAGAUUUCAGCUUAUAGUCCAAAUUCACACCAUUCAUCCCAUUAUACAUCAACAAAGAGACCAAACAUUCUCGAAUACUUGCAUUCGAAAUCCGCAAGUAUCCUACUAUCGCUCAGCUACCCCCAUCAAUCCAUCAAACCAUAUCGUUGUAUUACGAUAACAUCUUAAAUAUAAUCCCAUCUUGUGGCAGGAUCGCCUCCGAAAUACUUUGAGCGAAAGAUAAUCCCUUUUUUUCCAUUAACCGCCGUCUGCGGAUUAACUUCAAUAUGAGAGAAGUCAAUUUCAGUAUUCCAAAUGUUAAUAAGGCUUCGGUCGGUAUCACGACAGCUUUGUACGAUCGUCGAGCCCUCGAUUGUACUUCAACACUACCUUUGAUCAAUUCGCUCAAUCAUCUUGCCUAUCUCACCACUUCAUCCGCCAGAAUUAGAGAUAUCCUUACGGUCGAUGGAGGUGUCGAAAGAUUGGUCUGCCUUCUCAAGGCUGGGAGAAGCAAAGAUAUGAUGGACAUGUGGAAAUGGAAUCUGGCAUUCCAAUGCGUUGUCAAUAUUGGUGUACGAGGCUCCGAAAAUGUUCGAACCAGGGUCGUCGAAGCGGAUAUGGUUCCAGUUAUCGCAACAAUUCUUGAUAAUUACAUCAAAGUGGUUGACAGAUGCAGAGAGAAAGCCGAAGAAGCUAAGCAGAAAGCUUUACUUGAACAUAGACAUCAGACCGGACGAUCAGGAGACCAUCGAAGUACACACAAGGGACCUUCAUUCGGCAAUCGAGCAUCGCGAUUUGAAUCCGAGUUUCGAGCAUCAAGACGUCAACCACCUCCACCUUCUAUCGAUAUCCCCUCUAAUUUCUCGGGUGCUCCAUUGACGGCUGGCUCAGACGCCAUGGAUAUCACACCAACUGGGCCUCAAUUCGCUCUUACAUCUCCUCCGGAGCGAACCACAUUCUCCGUCCACAGACAUCAUCACCAUCAUAGAAACCAAGAUGGGAGGCAGCACUUCUUGUCACCACGCCAUAAUAUCCAACCACUUGCGACUGCAGUUCCUUCUAUGGAUGCCGCUGAUGGAUUUAACAUCAGACCUGUUAGAGAUGUUGACCGUUUACCAUCAAUGGUACCUGGAUUUCAAGGCGGCCUGACAUCUCAACCUGAAUCUCCAACAACUCCUCUACCUGCACAAAUCCGGUCUCCUACUGUUCGGGCUACAUCAAUUUCCGUCGGUACACCUCGAUCACGGAGACGCCCAUCCAUUAGACAUCAAGCCUCAACUGCUGCCGAUACAGAAGACAUGAACGCUGAUAGCAUGGCCUCUGAUGAAUCUGGUGAACCAGAUAUCACCGGUGUAAGCACAGCAGAAAUUCAAUCUACAAAUGUCAACAUUCAGGAUGUUAACAUGGAUGAGAACGAUUCUAUGCUCACAGCCGUCGAAACACCGCUUGGUCUUACCACUCCCACUGUUUCCGAAGCACAGGAUGCCGGAACAUUCAACAUUACCCACCGAUCUGCCAUUGAUGGCAGCAUGAUUAAUGACGCUACAACCCCAACUGGGCCAACAAUUGGUCUCUCACCAGCUCAACCCACAACCGUUAAUACACCCCCUACCAUGCCUCCUACGACAAUCCCUAGAUAUUUCUUAGAUAGACCAACACCACCGCAAGGACAAGUUUUGGCUGCUAUGCCAAGAGAUGAAGAUGUCUUGAUGUCUCUUCAACUUUUAGCUUACGUUUCCAAAUAUUGCAACUUGAGAUCUUACUUUCAACAAUCUCAUCUCGUUCCAAAACUUAAAAUAGGCUCCGAACUUCACCUACUCGAUGUUGAUGAAAAUCUCUCUUCUAAUGCUAAUUCCUCAACCGCAUGCUCCUCUCACUCUCACGAAGACGAAGAAGAGGAAUAUUUACUUCCAGACGAUUUCAAUAUUUUCCCAUUGGUCGAAAAGUUCACAGUCAGACAUCAUAGUCAAGAUAUGCAAUACUGGGCAGGAGUUGUUAUGAGGAAUUUAUGCCGAAAGGAUGAUGCUCGAGGAGGCAUCAGACAAUGCGCAUAUUAUCAGUGUGGGAAGUGGGAAGAAUUUACCAGACAAUUCGCAAAAUGCAGAAGAUGUAGAAGGACAAAAUAUUGCAGCAAAGAAUGUCAAAAGAGUGCGUGGGUAUUUCAUCGACAUUGGUGUGUUCAAGCAUCUCAAUGAUCAUACCAUUCACAAAAAAUAGCGGACGUUUUUUUUAUUUGUAGCUAUCGGCUAUAAAUUAAUAGGAGAGGGAACCCAAUUCGAUAAUGUCUUUAUGACACCAGCGAACUCAAUCGAGGUUUCUUAUGUCAAAUCAUAUCAGCAACAUCAGCAUAUUCCAUGGCGUUUCUAAUAUCAUAGGUGGUGUCAAUACGAUACCUCUGCAGCAUGCAAAGUCGAAAUCAAGAUGAUUGAUUUGGGUCGACAAUUUUUUUCAUUUUACGCUUGUUUAUCACAUCCUCCAAUAAGAUUAUCUCGAUUCGAUUCGCAAGCGGCAUUAAAAUAUGAAUAUGAUAGCAUACGAUUCGAAUGAUCAACGAAUGGAGCACGAAUUUCUUUUGUUAUACCUUUUCUGGCAUACCUUUUCUUUUUUUUUGAGAACUCGAUUUACCUCUUGAAACCUUUUCAUUCAGCACCAACCUAAA